CACGCAGAGCCAGGCAAGGGAAAGGCUCUAAACAGCUCGUGUUCGACCCCAAGUCACGCGUGCGCCCACGAGAGGCUGCCCUCAGGCCGCUGCACCACUGCUGCUCAAGUUAGCUGACACACAGAGCCCACAAAAUGGCCACGGUCGAGAAGAAGGUGACGCCCGGGAAGACCGACCCCUUCGGCACGGGAAAGAUCCUCGUCACGGACUGCCUGGACAAGUUCGCCCAACAGCAGUCGGACCCCUUCCUGUUGUUACAUCAUUUUGGGCCGGCCCAUAUCAGUGCGAUGCCGCAAUUUGGGAUGCACCCGCAUCGUGGGUUCAACGAGUGCCCCUACCUGAAGCAGGGUCGGUGGCUGGGAACGGAUCCCUGGAACAUGCGCGGCGAAGGCCAGGACGCGUUGUUCGCCGAGGGCCAACUCCAGUGGGGCAAGAGCGGCCGCGGCAUCGAACAUGGCAUGAAAUUUGAUCCAACGUACGACGGCCCCGUGCAAGGCUUCCAGCUCUGGAUCAAUCUCAAGUCUGCGAAUAAACUGGACCCGCCGGAGUUCCAGAACGCGCGCGCCGACGCCAUGCCGCUGGUCGACGUGGCUCCUGGUGUUCGGGCGAAGGUCCUGCUCGGCGAGCUCAACGGCCAGGCGUCGCCGGUCGAGACGCAGGGCAUCCGCUGUCAAUAUGUAGACUAUGAACUAGAAGCCGGCAGCGAGGCGACGCAUCCCCGCGCGACGGGCAUGAGCACGCUCUUCGUUUAUGUGUACGAGGGCUCCGGCACGUUUUGUGGUACCUCGGCGAAAAAGGGCGAGGUCCUCCGCCUGUCGAGUUCGGGCGACGUGCACGUCAAAGCGUCGUCCAGAUUGGGCUUCAUGCUCCUCGCCGGGCAACCACUACGAGAGCCCAUCGUGCAGCACGGCCCCUUCGUCAUGUCGACGCAAGACCAGAUCAUGCAGGCCUUCCAGGACUACCACUCGGGCAACUUCCUCGCGGAGGAGUGCACGUACAAGCUCCACACGAAGGGCAAGACUACUACAACAAAGAGACGCAUCGAGGGGCGACGGUAAGACUACUACUACA